AUGGCGGGGAGGCGGCCCACGGCGAGGGAGGUUUUCUGGGGCAUGGUGAGGGAGAAGCAGCGGCCCUUCGCCGACUUCUCGGAGGAGGACGAGCGGUCGCGCGAGGCCGCCCACGACUCCUCGAUGCUCAAGCGGGACAGCAUCUCCCACGAGGUGAUGCUGCUCGCGGUGCAGUUCUGCACCUUCGCCCUGCCCGUGCUGCUCCUGCUGGCGUGGCUCGCGGCCUGGCACCUGGGCGAGCCGCUCGCCGGGCUCCCGCGCCGCGUCUUCGAGGACCUCUUCGGGCCGCUCGGGGAGUUCUACGCCAUGCGCGGCCCACCGCUGAUGGACCGGGCGAGGUUCGAGCGGCCCGAGAACCUCGUCCACCGCGCUAUGUUCCACGGCGACGGCAUCCUCGGCCAGGGCCAGGACGUGGGCAUCUGGGUGUGGAACUGGGCCGCCCGGGCGCUGUGGGAGGGCGGCGUCCUCAGCCGGGCCGCGGCGGUGCUCCUGGCCGUCUGCUUCUGGGCCCCGGGGCUGGUGCUGGUCGGCAGCAUCCCGCAGUUCUCCUUCCUGCUGGCGCCUGCGCUGAUGCCGGUUGCGGUGAAGGCUGCCUACCUGCGCCGCUUCCCCGUCUGCCUCCUGACGCUGGACCAGCUGAUCACCGCACAGAAGCUGUACGGGCGCCAGCUGCCAGAGGCCUACCGAGCAGAGGUGGAGAGCUUCAACAGCAAGCUCGGGAGGGACGACGGGCUCCGCGAGGCCGGCGAGGACCUCGCCACCAUCGAGAUGGGCGAGACGACGGGCGCCAGCCGCCGGCGCCACCCGGGCCAGUGA